AUGGUGGAUUUUCUCAAAGAUCACGUUGCAAAAGUUUUGACCGGUGAAUCAAGACGUAUUGUUAUUAGUCGGUUAAGAAUUUGGGACACAGCUCAGGCCUUUUUUAAGCGACGGUCAUUCAUGGCCAAAACAGGCAUUCUGAAGGUAACAUUUGCCAAUUUAUUGGAAGAAGAAGAUGCUAUUGAUCAAGGUGGACCGAGACGAGAAUCUCUCCACCUGCUAUUGGGAGCUAUAUGUCAGGAUAGCUGUACACUAACAAGUAUGUGCUAAGUGUUGAUGUAUUUUAGUUUUGGUCUAUUAUUUUUGCAUACAAGUACUUGAUUACCUGGGGCCAGUUGUAUUAAAAAGUGAUUAAAGUUAACUAUAGUUAGUGAAAACGUCAUCCAAUAAGAAGCGCGUAUUUGAGAGUUAAUCACUACUUAACUACGAAAUAGUGAUUAAAAAAGUGACUAAGAGUUUUAUACAACCGGUCCCAGAUAUUUGUCAAAGCUAUUCUAUAGUGCAAAACGUGGGAACGGCUUUGACCCUGGGCGAAUAAGAACGUGGAAUUUAACUCUUUGUGUGUGUCCUAAAUGCAGGGCCAGGCCAUUAGGGAGAUUACUUGUUGCUAGCUAGGCUAAUAACAUGUUAGCUAGGCUAAUAACAUGUUAACGUGUACACGUAGAAGUGCGUAUGUCACACAAUUUUCAAUACAUCAAAGCAUUAGGUACAUGCCAUGCAAUGUAGGACUCAUGUGGGUCAAAUAUAUAAGUAUUCAUUUGUGAUGUAAGACUUUUAAGGUCAAUUAGCCCUUUCACUGCUGUGAUCCUUGGCAUGUGGGGUCUCAUCGCUGGGACAUUCAUGAACUAUUCUUGAAAUAAUAAAAAAGAAGGAAAGAAGCAAAAUAUUUUACUAAAUUACAGUAGCAUUACUAUAACAUUUCUACACUUCCAAAAUACAAAGCAUGGUUUUAUUGUACCGAUUUACAGACACUUCACUUGGCUGUGUAACAAGAUGCAAUCUUCGUGCUCAGUUGGAGAAUGAUUAUUUUCGAACUGUUGGUCAAAUGCUGGCAGUUAUCAUUGUGCAAGGUGGUUAG